AUGAACCGUGCGACUUAUUUCUUUCCUGAAGUAGCAAAAGCUCUCUAUGGUGAUCCUAUAUCUGAACUAGAAUAUGCUAGCACAGAAUAUAUCAUGGCCUAUUCCUUAGGCACAUACCCAAGUCACCAAACUUAUAGCAUUGUUGACACCGGUAGUGACCUUAUUUGGUUACAAUGUCACCCUUGCUAUGAAUGUUACGCAUUGAAAUAUCCUAUAAUAGAUGUAUCUUCUUCCCUAACUUACAGAAAUUAUUAUUGCAAUUCUGAUCAAUGCAAACUAGCAAAAGCCUCGGUAAGCAACACAUAUUGUGACGUUGUUUUCAACUGCCAAUUCCGUAUAUCGUAUUUGGAUGGAUCAAUUACGGAGGGAACGAUCGCACACGACACACUCACGCUUGCUUCUACAAGAGGUGGCAAAGUGGCAUUUCCUAAGACCUUGUUUGGUUGUGUUCAUAAAACUGUUGGUCACUUUGUUCCUGAGAGUUCUGGAGUUGUGGGUAUGGGACGUGGUCCAAUCUCGUUGAUCUCACAAAUGGGUUCUUUGAUUCAAGGCAAAUUCUCGUACUGCUUGACUCCAAUGUUUUCUGAGAAAACAAGUAAAUUGCAUUUUGGCCAAAGCGCUGUCGUUUCUGGUCCUGGGACUGUCUCUACUCCACUUGGGACAAAAGACAAUUUUUAUCGGGUUACGUUGGAGGCAAUUAGCGUGGGAGACAAAAGAAUACAGUUUAAUUUAGAUGGUUUGCCAAAUGAUGAGGGCAACACGGUAAUUGACUCUGGGACAAGAUUGACAAUUCUGCCUGAAGAUUUGUACUUUGAGGUGGAAUCAGAAGUAAAAGUGAAUAUUAAAGCUGAUCGAACUGGUGACUCAGGAAUAAACCAAGCUUUUAAGCUUUGUUAUGUAUCAGAAAGUAUUGAAACCCUUGGAGCUCCUAUUAUUACUCUUCAUUUCAGAGAUGCAAAUGUCAAGUUAAAUCCAAUCAACACCUUCGUUGUAUUUACUUCAAACGUGAUAUGCUUUGGUGUUCGUCCCUUGCGAAGAAUAUCAAUGAUGGGGAACAUGGCUCAAGUGAACUUUAUGGUUGGGUUUGACCUUCAUAAUAAUAUUGUUUCCUUUAAGCCAACAGAUUGCACCAUGCUCUAA